AUGGACUCGAACCUGUCCAGAAAGCCUCCUCCCUUGCGCCUCUCAGAACAAGCAGUCCCAAUGGUCGCUCAAAGGGGCAUCAGUGGCGGAGACUGCCCGAGGGGAUACCAGUGGUACACUUGCAAUGCGAUCGACGGCCCUCCCUAUGCGGGCUGCUGCGCGAUGGAUCCCUGCCGUCCGGAGAUGGCCUACGAGUGCCCAGAUCAGUACCAACCUGGUGGUGGUGCUAUCACGUCCUCAACCAUCGUCAUUACCAGUACGGCAGAUCAUGGCACUAGCACAGUGACUCAAAUCACCACCAUCAGGUCCUCUGCCGACUCGGACCCCGCCCCAACUCUGACUUCCCAAGCGUCAUCAACAAGCACCGCUGUGAGAGCUUCAUCAACCGCCAGCGCAACAGCCACUGUUACCCCUGAUGCGCCGCCCACUGUAAUCCACAAAGACCUUUCAGUCGGCGCGAUAGUGGGAAUCGCAGUAGGAUGCUCCCUCGCCUUCAUUUUCUUCGCUAUUUCCGUUUGUAUAUGGUGGGGUCGUCGUCGCACAAAGAAAGAUGAGAAGAAGGACAGCGCGGACACUGCGAACGUUUCGUCGUUUCUCGGACCAACCGACCUGAAUAACCCAGCCGGGAGGGGACAAGAUAAGAACAUGUCCCAGUCUGGCUCCCGUUUCCCAGGUGGGAGCUACCAACCGGUUCCCACAGGUACUCCUUACGAGUACAGAGGUCAAGGUGAACCUGCCGAGCUCGGGAUCCACGACCAACACGAACUGGCCAGGCUCGCCGAUGGACUACGAGAGUCAUCGUUUCAGCGGAGCGACCACAGCGAGCCACAACAGCGGAAGCUCUCCGGCCAGCCCAACUUCCCAUCGCGAGGUGCGUCGGAGCUCGACAUCAACCAGGGGCACCAGCAGGGUGGAUGGGCGAGGUUCGAGCCCAUGCACGAAAUCCCCGAGCUGGACGGCAACGGUAUACCACCGCAACACUCCUAA